CUCACCCAAGUUGUAAGUUCCAGUAUAAAUACGAUGCCCCAUCUCCAAAAAAGUCAGUUUCAUGAACAACUUGCAACCAUGUUAAACUUUAUAGAUACUCUGGGUUACUUGAAUUCUACAUUACUUAUAAGCAUCAUCUUGGUUGUUCUAUUAUGGAUCCGAAGCAGACGACCGGCACAUUAUCCUCCAGGACCAACACCAUUUCCAAUUAUUGGUAAUUUUCACACAUUAGUUAAAGGAGAUCUGUUCAAAGUAAUGCGUGGCCUUCGAAAGGAAUAUGGUGAUAUCUUCAGUCUUUCCUUAGGAAAACAAUGGGUGACUGUCGUCAAUGGAAAUGAAAAUUUGCGUGAACUAUUGGUAAAGAGAGCUGAUGUAACAACAGACAGACCAUCAUGUUUUGUUUUCCGUCAAGGAAAAAAUAAAGGUAUUGUAAGUGCCAGUGGAUCGUCCUGGAAGCAGCAAAGGGCAUUCGCUGUUUCAAAGCUGCGAGACUUUGGGUUUGGCAAGCGAAGUUUUGAAUCCAGCGUGUCAGAAGAAGUUGAACAACUUUGUAAUUUGGUAAACAGCUUUAAUGGAAAAUCGUUUGACAUAUCUGGCAUAAUUCACACGAGCAUAUCAAAUAAUGUGAUGUCUAUUACCGUUGGGCGACGAUUUGACUAUGAUGAUCCUAAAUUUCAGCAAUUUGUUUAUCUUCUAAAUGAAAACGCUAAAAACUCUGCGUUAGUAGGACCAUUAAACUUUGCUCCGUUUUUAAGGAAAAUUCCUGGAGACCCUUUUGGGGCUAAACAGAUAUCAAACAAUGUAAGAGAGACAUUCAAGUUUUUCCGAACAGAAAUAAACGAACACGAAAAAACAUUGGAUACAGAUAAUUUACGUGACUUCAUUGAUAUUUACUUAAAAGAAAUAAAGAACCAAGAAGAGGAGGAAAACAGUGAGUUUACAGCUGGACAGCUGCUGACCAUAAUGGCCGAUUUAUUCGUAGCUGGAACAGAAACUACUGCAACAACAAUCAGAUGGGCGAUCAUGUAUCUCCUAAAUAAUAUGGAUAUUCAGAAGAAAAUGCACAAAGAAAUAGAAGACGUUAUUGGAAGUGGACGUCCACCCUGUAUGUCAGACAAGCCAAAUCUUCCAUAUUGUGAGGCUGUUAUUUUAGAAUCUCUCAGACUUGGCAAUGUCGUGCCAUACGCCUUGCCACAUAAAGCCUCUGACGAUAUUGUUUACAAAGGAUUUACUAUUCCAAAAGAUUCAAUAAUUCUUCCAAGUCUAGAUUCCGUAGCAUUCGAUGAAAAUCUUUUCCCUGAUGCACAUUCUUUCAAACCUGAACGUUUCAUAGACGAAAAUGGUAGACUCUGUGGCCAAGACAAAGUUUUAUCGUUUUCUUUGGGUCGAAGAGUAUGCCUUGGUGAAGCUCUUGCCAGAAUGGAAUUGUUUUUAUACAUAACGUCCCUUGUACAGAGAUUUGAAUUCCUUCCGCAAGAAGGCAAUAAUCCACCUGCAAUCAAAGGAAAUCUCGGUGUAACAUAUUGCCCAGAAGCUUUCGAAUUUAGAGCUGUCUCAAGGAGUUAAAAACUGAAAAAUGAAUUGUUAUUGUAUUUCACUUAUUGUAUCAUAUUUUUCAUAUUUUUAUAUUUUCAUAUUUCAUA